AUGUAUUGCGACGACUACCAUCAUCUUCUGCGUAUCGACCUUCAUACGCAUAUUAUGCCACCCUCUCUACCAGAUCUCUCAUCAUAUCCCUCAAACUCCACAGAUUCCCCAUGGUUAUCUCUCCGUCCAAACACCAAGAACCCAGAAGAUACCGACAUGUACGUAGGCGAUCACUUUUUCCGCACCGUCAACAGGAACUGCUACGAUGUCAACACACGUCUGGCAGAGAUGGACGCAGCAGGAACCGACAUCCAAGUACUCAGCACGAUCCCUAUUCUCUUCUUUUACGAUCAGCCUGCGGAGCCGGUCACAAUCCUAGCCAGGCACUUGAACAACCACAUCGCUGCUCUCUGCGCACAACAUCCCGCCCGUUUUCUAGGCCUAGCAACAGUACCACUGCAGGAUGUCCCAGCAGCGAUAGCAGAGCUGCAUCGAGCGAAGAACGAGCUCCACCUACAUGGCGUGGAAAUCGGCACUACGAUCGACGGAAUGACGCUAGAUGACCCACAGUUAGACCCGUUCUGGCAGGCAUGCGAGGAGCUCGAAAUGCCCAUCUUCAUCCACCCGCUGGGUUAUACCUGGCCAAAAGAGAACCCGAAACUCUGGUCUAAGUACUGGAGUUCGUGGCUGGUCGGCAUGCCCAGCGAGACGGCGCUUGCUUUGCAUCUCCUUAUUUGCUCGGGGACGCUGUUACGAUUUCCCCGGCUUCGGCUUUGCUUUGCUCAUGCGGGCGGUUCUUUCCCUGCGUUGCUGGGGCGUAUUCAGCAUGGAUAUGACUGUCGGCCGGAUCUUGUAGCUACUGAUGCAGGCGGUGUCACUCCGAUGGAGCACGCAACAGUGCGUGAUAAUAUCUGGAUUGACAGUCUUACUCAUGAUGUUGAUCUUCUCGAGUUUUUGGUGAAGAAGGUCGGUGCACAUCGGAUCGUUAUGGGUAGCGAUUAUCCGUUUCCGUUGGGUGAAGUUCCCGAAGCUGGUAGAAUGAUUGCACGGGAUAAGCGCUUGGAGAAAUUCCUGUCGUGGAAGCAAAGGGCGGAUAUGUUGGCUGGUAAUGCUCUGCGAUUUCUCAAUCUGGAUCCCGAUGAGAAAUGGAGAGAUUUAGUGGAAAUGCGAUUGAGGGCUUCUGAGAAGGGGCAUGGCUCCAAGCACUACUUGUCUUAG